UCUGGGAAGAGCAGUGACUAUUGUGUUGGUUGUGUCGAUGGUGCUUUGUAGUGGGCUUAAUGAGAAAAACCUGCAACGUGACGUGGACUUCACUCGAUGCCGUAUGUCUCGUUGUUUGCCCUCUGUUCUCACAGAGAGAACCAUUUUAACACGUUCGCUAUAUUUAUCCUCAUGCAAAUUGUUUCGAGGGGGAACUCUGCAGGCAGCGUGCGAUGCUCGAUUGAACAUUGUGUGACGCACUGCACAAAAUCUAAUCUCUUUAUGAUGAAAUAAGGAUGCAGACUCAAUUUCAGGAAACUGUAAAAACAGCAGGCUUACUUUGAUAUUUAAUGAUCUCGUUUAGCUACCAUCCAGUUCUAAAUGAUGUAAGCGAAUAAAAAGACACCUGGCCACGCAUCCCAUUGAGUCACAGUGUUUUGCAAAAACAUUCAUCCUCCUUCAACUGUGUUCGCAUUUCAAGGAGGUUGCAGAAUAUUACAUUGUAUCCUUGUCUUCUGUGACCUGCCCUACAGAGAGUGGUGCAAAUUUGUGAGGUGGAAGGAACUGACACGUUUGUUUUGUUUUAACGAACAUAAAGGUGAUUUCUGUGUUGUACAUUUCUCUUCAGGUACUACCAAGUCAACACUUUGAGCCCAAUUGCAGCAACUACAUCUGUAAAUCUGUUGGUGUAGCUUUGCACAUCUAGAGCCUGACAUUUGGGCCUAUUUGGCGUUCCAGAAUUUCUCUCAAAAUGUUCGCAGAUUUGGCUGAGCUCGGUUAGGUUGAAUAGAGACAAUCAGUGAAUGUCACCUUUCAAGAAUUUUCAGAGAUGGUACAGGUUGCAGGUGAGAGUAUCACUGUACUGGAGGGAGAUACCACCAUCUUACCCUGCAAGCUGACAAAGACGCUAACGGCAUCUGAGAACCUGGAACAGAUUUCAUGGCAGAGAAAGACGAAAGAAAAACUGCGAACGGACAAUUUCUUUACCAUCACAAAGAAUGAGGCUCGUCUUGUUAACGGACCUGAUAGGAGAUUUAGCUAUAUCGGGUCAUUUGCUGAACAUAAUGGGACUCUCCAGCUAUCUAACGUAAAUGUGUUGGACACUGGAACCUACACUUGUAUCUUUUCCAUUUUCCCUUCAGGAUAUCCUCAAACAAUUGUAGAGCUAACUGUCCGUGUACCCCUACGAACAAGUGUAAGUAGUACCGAACCCACUCUUGGAAGCAAAGAGGUUCCUCUGUUGACCUGCACCGCUGCUGGAUUCAAUCCACCGGCCAAAGUUUCCUGGGAAAUUGAUAGUCUAAAAGACAAAGUGACAUGGACGAACAACUCAACUCUCCAAAACAACAAUACGACCACCACAGUCAGCACAUUGUUGGGAAAGCCCACCAAAGAGAUCAAUGGAAGUAAGGUCCAAUGUGUCAUCACUUCCGUGGAACGAAAUGAAUCCUUACCUUUCGAAGUACAGAUCUACUAUCCACCUCUGAAUGUGAACAUCAAAAAGCAAUCAGAGGACCUGGUUUUUACUUGUGAGGCUGAAGGCAACCCAAGGCCAACACUUAUCUGGAGCAGAUUAGGCAAAACUCUGCCUCCAUCAGUCUCAACUUCUUCAUCUCAGGAGGCAACGCUGACAUUUAAGAAGAAAUCCUCAGACUUGGAAGGCGUCUAUCUGUGUGAGGCAACUAACAUAUACGGAAAGACUCAAAGUUUCCUCUUCGUGGAUUUCUCAGAAACAAGCUCCAUUACUGGUUGGAUUUGUUUUAUUAUUCUUUUUCUGAUUUCGGCGGUCGGCUUUGCUGCGCUUCUGCACAAACAUGGAUAUUUUAAACAUCUGAGGUUUCUAAGGACUGACAGAAAUGAAGUACCAACAUCCUCACCAGGCGAAACAGAAGAGGCUCCACUUUAACCAGAGGGGAAGAGCUGAGACCCAAGAAGUCCAAGAAGCUACUCGAUCUUUGACAAAGAUUGAAACUACAGGACGCUGGGUUGCUGGCUCAGUUCCUCCUCUUGCUUUCUCUGUCGUGUCCAUUAGCAAAACACUCCACCCACCUUACUUGCAGGUUUUGGUCAGAGGGUGCACGAAAGCUUUGCUUCUAUCUGAGGUUUUAUUCAAUAUCUUGUGCCACAUCACUUCCUGCUUCUUCAACAGCAGGAAGUGAUAUCGACUCUUAGCCAAGAAUAUUGUUGUCAAAGUAACCGUGAAUGUCAAGAAACAAAAAAGACCGAUAUUUAAGAUCAAUUAAACUUUAUUUAUGCAUUUUCUCCCUAACACUUCCUAUCCCAGGCAAAACCGAAAUGAUCCUUUUUCUGUCCAUCCCCUCUGCGUCAAGCACGCUCUAUAACACUGAGGCAUUAAGACUCCAUUCUGCAGCUGUCGACUGAGAAACCCAAACUUGCUCCUUAAAAUACGGAUGCAGCCAGUCGUUGGUCUCCAAUCAACAGUAACAUUGAUAACUGAAGGAUGUGGUUUUAACUGUGAAGGAUGUCGUUUAUGUAGAAAGUAAGUCAGCGAACCAGCGAUGCAUUAGGUAUAUAGUUUUCCACUAACAUAUUUAUUUUUAGCAGUUAGCAUUAACUUCAUUUUUAGUGAAAACAUGAGAAUUUGCAGUGAAUAAUUUGACUUAGUUUUCCAACACUACAAACUUAUUUUAGUAUUUCCCCCACCAGCAUUUGGCUUCCUUUUUGGUUACUUUUCUUCCCACUGCUGUUGUGCAACUGUAUGUUUCAUUUCAAAAUAAGAAUGAUUAAGCAUUUCAAGUGAUAUUUUUAUAUUUGAAAACAGUUAUACAUUUACGAGAGAAACCCCAUUUCUCAUCUUUAGAACUGAUCUAAGUUUUUUGUAGAGAAAUACAGUGGAAUAACCUUUUACUCACUUUUUUUUACCACAUUUUGGAAUAUUUCUUUGCUUAGAGAAAUAUCCAAAGGAAAGAUGUUGGAUUUUAAUCUGACAUAUUUUGAUGUUAAUCUGUCAGUUGUCAGAUUUUCUGACAUUUACCUCAAAAACAACAUUUUUGAGGUAAAUGUUUUCUCAUUAAAUGUAUAUGAUGUAAGAAAAGGGUGUAAGUAGGAUCCCUCUAUAUUGCGGCAACAAUGUCUCAAAACACUGCAUCUUUAGUGAACUCAAUUUACACUUUUUAAUUAUUAUUAUGAUCAUUAUUAUUAUAGAGGCAUACACACUUGUUGAAACACCAGUGAGCAUGAAAUGUAACUUCAAAAUUCUUCUGUGCCCUCAAAAUUUUUGAUUUUUCUUUUUCGAAAACAAAAAGCAAUGAUAAUAAUAACCCUUCUCAUGCUUAAACCUGUUCAAAACUUAGGCUUCUUUGGUGGAAAUCAGCUCACAUCUCACACCAGCGCCAUUUCAGAGCUUAAUUUUCCUGUCAUUAUGUCAUUAUUUUGUUAAUUUUUAGAUGCAUACCUGGAGUCACAGAAAAAGGAAACCAUCGAUUAGCAAAUAUGAAGUGGACAACUGAAGGAUUUUUGAACCAGAACUUUGUUUUUAAAUGUUUACAACUUUAUGCAAAAAAAAAUCCUCAGUUCCAUAUGAGGAAAAUAAAUCCUCCAGCAUGUUCAAGCUACUGCUGUGGUUAAAAAAAAAAAAAAAAAAAAAAACUCUGCCAUGUUAACAAGGCAAACGUUUGAGAGGCAUUUUAUGCAUAGGAUGCAGUAAAUAUGCAUGCUGUGUUGUAAACAGCGCAAUUAAAGCCUCUACUUACUUUAAAAUGUUAAAUAUAAACCUUUAACUAGUCCAACCUAUAAAAAUCCAAAAUCAAGUAGAUUAUUACUUUAGUUGUUGGGUUUUACUUGAGUUGAAAUGGGUGAAAGACUUGUGUCACUCACCCAAUCACCUGAAAAGCCUUUUUAAAUUUUUAAAUCUUUGCGGAGACAUUACGUUUUUGAAAGCUGAGAUGGACGCAACUCUUUCAGUGACUGAAAAACACAAACAAUGACGAAGCUAUGCUCCCUUGUACGGAUGUCUUCAAAACCAAGUGUUUGUUACAUUAAUAGUUUAGUUUGAGACUGCAAACGAAGUUUCAUACUUAGUCAACAUCACCUCCUGCAGGCUUUGUUGAUGUUAGUUACGCUGAGGAAGUGCAAGUUCCAUAUUUUAAAUGUUUUUUAUGUUUAAUGCUUAAGUUGUAUGAUUUUGUUUUUUUUCUUCCCAGAAUGUCAACGAUUCAGCAUUAUUUAAUUUCUGAAGGUAACGAGUGUUAUUGUGUUAGUUUACAUAAUUAUUAAUUCUGUUGGGUCAUUGGAAAAGUGUCCUUGUUUAAAUGAAGCUUUCAAGAACCCAGACUUUCAAAGUGUUUUUAUCUGUUCUCCAGAGUUUUGUUUCGUCAGAAUUUGUCUGCCUUUAUUGUUUACUUAAUCAUCUGACCAUUUUCAAAAGAAAUAUUUUGUUGUGUUCUGUUAAUUUCUUUUUUUAAAGUAAUUAACAGAUGAAUCACAGUUUGAUGGAGGGACUCUAAUUUAUCUGGGGUUUUUUUUAAGCUUCCUGUUUAAAUGCUUCCUACUAGAAAACACUAGAUUUAAAAAAAAAAUGUUGAUCAAGAGCCAAAGUGGAGAGGUUGAACCUAGAAAAUUAACAAAUAAUGUUUAUUUCUGAUGGAGCCAUCUACUUGUAUGCAGAAACAACAUCACAACAUUAAGCCGAUUCACCAUUUUGCUUUUAAAGUGAACUGGGAUUUAAAACUCAUAUUUGUACAACAAAAAAUUUAUGAGAGAGAUUUCAUCCUUAUCUCUCUCAGAAAUCCAAAACCGUGACAAAAAAACCUUAUUUGCCUCCUUUUUAUCUGAUGCUGCAUUUAUUUGCAAACACUGUUUGUGAUAAGAAGUCAGUGUCGCUCUUAACACUGUCAAACUCGCUCGUUAUUCUCAUAAAGUUUGAAACUACAGAAACUAAAAAUAGUAUUUAGUGACACCAAGUCAAACUUCUGAUCUGUUUAAAGCACACGAGCAGAAAGACAACACUGCAGUGUGAAAAUGUACCAAAGCUGUUCCGGUUUUCAUAAAUGUUGCUGAUGUCAGCAAUGGCCUCCAGGUCAACCAGCAUGCUGGUAAACCAUGACACCCUUUACACUCCGCACAGAAUUGUGCAAAGUAUUUGGACUUGUCCUCUAAUAAAUAAAACAACAGAUGUUAAAUUCUCACAUAGCUUUAGCAAUACACUGAACGAGUGUGUGCUUUUACACCUGCAAUGAAAAAAUCGAAAGUGAUACCAAGAUUGUGCCAGUACAACUGUGCAGCAGAUCUAACAUAGAGCGCUUUUCAAAUUAUAUUAAUGGUGUUGCUGUAUAAGACAUGCAGUUGCUUUCGAAAAACUAGAUGUAAUCGACAGUUCUUUCUCUUAUAUAUAUAUUUGUCACAUUUUCAAAAUACAACAUACAACAAUAAAUCAUACACAAGAGUAUAAAUACAUAUCAUAGAUUUUGUUUUGUUCUAAUACUGGCACAACAAUAUUAGAGGAGUUCAGGGCAUGACCAGAACAGGGCCAUCCUGACUUACAUUUAUCAUGUUUUGAAGAUAUUGAGGAGAACAUUGUGUACAAUGUCAUUUUAGAAUAGUGGAGUUUAUGACACACUUUGGACUAAAUUAACUGGUGCUUUACAUUAAUAGAGCAAGACUGAAUCCUCCCAGUCUGCAAACCCUUUGUGCUGUAUGGGAGUUUGUUAAAGUUAGAGUGAAUUCACUCAGCAAAGAUGUCAACAAAGCUUGAAAAUAUUUUUGAUUCUGAAGAGUCCAACAGAAGUUUGCCUUUCUUCUUGUCUUCCGGAAGAGAUUUUAAAUUUGGGAUUUUAGCAUAAUUUCUAAUUUACAAAUAUCUAAAAAAAAAAUUGCAUCCGGAAGCAAGAAGCAAUGCCUUAACAUUGCAAAUGAAGCAAACUUUGACAAGUUUUGUUUGUUUUUUUUACUAAAUUGAUACUAAAUCUGUAUUUUUGUACAGUCUGGUGUUCAUUGAUGUAGCUUUAGAAGUGUAUGUGUACAACAUUUGCUUAUGCUUACAAUUAUUUAGGUCAUUCUUACUUUUUGCAUAACAACUCUGCAUUUAAUCUUGAAAACUGAACUAUUAGGGCUGUCUGUAGUUACACACUGAAGUUAUUUCUAUGCUGCAACAAUUGGAAAAUGUACCAUCUCUGUGGCAAAUCAGCUUUAUUUUGGUACAUUCUCGAUAUUAUAAACUGCUGAACUUACUGUAUAUGAAGCAUUUGUAUUUUUCUACCCAAGCACAAGAGGUCAAUUUUCUGUCUAAGCUAAACCAUAAAGGAGAAGGAGUUUUAAAAACAAUGCUCCGAUACCAACUGCUGAAAGUAAAACAGCAAAACUGUUACCUCAAAACCACAUGUAAAACUCCCAAAUUAUUUGCAGGUCAGAAAAUGAUUUCCUGGAACAAGGUGGCUGCUUAUAAAUCUGUGACAAUGAUGAAAUUUCUGUCAAAAGAUGAUCAGCUUUUUCUUGGAGUGUAAACAUCACGCUUAAAGUUAUUAUUAUUAUUAUUACAGCUAACUGAUUGUACUUAAAAGGGACCAAAUUGUGUGAUUUCCAUGUCUUAUUUCAUAAAUGUGUGUCAUAUGUGUGGAAAAGACAUUUACACUUACUGUGUUUAAAACUUGGUGUUGUUUUUCUGUACUUCAUUAGAUUCUAGGUUCAUAGUUUCUGCUCAGCCUCAUGUCCAUCCACCAUUGGGAGUCUAAAAUUUAUUUUCUCUGCUUUCUUUCUGUUUUGUUCUGACAUUUUUCUGUUUUAACAUGUCUACCUAUAUGUUAAACAUUUGCUGUUUUUUGCUUUUUUUAAUCCUGUUUUAUUAAGCACAGCAAGGGUUGCUCUUAAGAAAUAAAUCACUCCAUUGUUCAUAUUUUUUUUAUUUUCUAUUUAUUAGCUGCUACAAAAACAAUAAUUUUUAGCUGUACAAUUUUCAUUCUGCUCCAUCUUUUAUUUUGUUUCACAAGUUUGCAUGUACAUAUUUUUUUGCUUGACUUAUUUUCUGCUUUAGCUGUAGCUUUAUACAACUGAAAUUUGUGAUUGUUGUAGGAACUUUUAACUUCCUUUUUUAAUUAAAAGUAGACCUAAAAACAGA